GCGGCAGAUAAACAAUAACAACGAAGUGCAGCAACCAAGAGCUCAAAUAAAAAUAAUAAUGACGAUAAUAUUAAUAACGACAGCAGCAGGGCUUUACUGCUUUUAAAUUAAAGGCAACUGUACUUCGUACUUCGAUAAAUAAUAGACUGAAUCAGUCCUGCCAAGAGGCACGAAAACGCAUCGGAUAAGAUGCAUUGCGCUGCAAACGACAAGUGUGUGGCAGCACAGCAGCAUGUGGAGAACCCAAUAUUUGGCCCCAAGAGCCCUGAGGAAGAGUCCUGCGAGGAGGAGAUGGACACAUCAGAACCCAACUGGCACUGGUUCUACCUGGCCGAGUGUGGAGUGUGGCAUAUGUUUGAAAUUGAUCCCAGUGCAGGAUGCUCAGUGACCAGCGAUCAGAUUGAGCAGAACUACAACAGGAAUCAGCAUGGCUCCAUGGAUUUUUACACACCUAAAUAUACCUAUAGAUUAGACUUUUCAGUCAUGAAGCAAAUCAACGUUACAACUGGAAAACAGAGACCAAUAAAAAGGGCUUUACAGUCUGCCACUGGAUUUAGAUUCAUCUGUGAUAACUUGGCUCUACCUGUCCCCUGCCACUGGGAAAGAGUUAACACUGAUGAGCCUUACCAGCUCAUCCCACUGUGCAGAGACACGUUCGAGUAUAAAGAGGUGGCCCGGCUGUAUGAGAGGACCAUGAGCCAGCCAAUCAGAUCCAUCCAGAGAAUACAGAACCUGGACCUAUGGGAGUUUUUCUGCAGAAAAAAGGCUCAGCUGAGGAAGAUAAAACGUGUAAUAGACAUUGAUGAGAGGAUGCUGUUUCAUGGGACGGGUCACAGCAACGUCCAGGCCAUAUGCACGUACAACUUUGACUGGAGGCUUACAGGAAGCCAUGGCGACGUCUACGGCAAAGGAAGCUAUUUCGCUCGCGAUGCCAAGUACUCCAGCAAGUUCUGCCACUCGACCAGCAAGCAUAACUUCACUCUGCAGAGACACGGCCUGGCGCCACCCAUCUUCCAAAGCGAGCCGCCUUACAAGUGCAUGUUCCUGGCACGGGUGCUGGUGGGGGAGUUCACAGUGGGUCACCCUCACUUCUGCCGGCCGCCCUCCAAAGACUUGAGCAUUGCCAACUUCUUUGACAGCUGCGUAGACGACAUGAUCAACCCCAAGAUCUUUGUGAUUUUCGACAGCAACCAGAUCUACCCAGAGUACCUUAUCGAGUUUUACUGACGUCAAAGAAGAAGGACUAAAGCGUUAGCUUUCUAGUUUUAUUUAAUGACCACAUAGGAUGGUUGGUUCCAUUAAACAUGCUGAAUUAGUCCUGACCUGAAUAGCCAUGCCUUUCCUGUGAAACAGUGCCAAAGUGACAGUGUGUUCUGCGGACAUGGCGCUAAUUAUGGCGUGCCUUCGAUGUAAACAGCAUAGUCGGGCAACGGACUGGAAGCGCAUAGACGGCCUAGUGUGUCCUAGUAUGUCCAGUAUACGUAUACGAAGCUCCUGUCCAUUCACUCCAUGUAUAUGUCCCAUACGCACAACUGCUUUCUCUUCUUUUUUGGGGGGAUAAUUUAUGUAUUCCAUUUAUCUACCUCACCGUAAUUCUACCUCAUGUCAAGUAGUCCUGCAGAUCACAAGACAUUUGCUAGGGACCCCUGUCAUUUCACCUGUAGUUCAGUAGGAAUUCCACCAUCACUGACUUCACAUUAGUCAGCAGCGAAUCCUUUAGUAAUUACUGUACUUGACUCACCAUGUGCUUUACUGUAGGUGGUUUUAGCAUCAAAUGUAUGGACUAGCCCAGAGCUGUUGGGAACAAGUUUAUUUCUUCAACCAAAACAGAAAACCUAUGUUAAUGCCCAGUGUGGGGUCUUCAAAUGCAAUUUCAAAUUCAAACCACAUUGCACACCUCAGCAUGCACAUAUGUAAAAUACUGUCUAUAAUCAUUUACACUGUAUGGUCUGUAUAUAUACAUGUACAUUAGAGAAAUUUAUUGUCCUUUGCGUGUGAGAAAUGGGGGGUUAAUUUCAGAUGGUGCGUUAUUGUGUCUCCACUGGAAACAGUAAUGGGUUGAAUUUACCUGAUUCUACACCAUUAUCACAUGAAUCAAAUGUAUUACAUUAACAGUUACUGCUUGACGGAAAUUGUCUUAAUGUAAUAUAUUUGGUAUAUUUUAUUCAUUUGCAGAUGAAAGUUAAUCAAGUGAAUUCACUUUUUCAGUCCAAUAUGAUUGUGUUUGUAUGGGGAAAAAGUUACUUGGAGACAUCUAUAACAUUGAUGACUCACUUGUUCACACUGUAAAUGUUUAUAAUCUAGGCAAGUGUGUCUACCCCGAUAGGAAGUGGUUGUCAAGGGGACGCCCAUUGCGCAAGCACAUGAUGUCAAAGUAGGAGUGCCGGUUGUUUUUCCUGUUCACCUGUGCCAGUUCAAACUGUUGCCAAGUUUACCAGGAGUAACAGUGAGAUGAAGUCUUCAGUGAUCUCGUAUUGUACAGUAAAAAUUACUGUUAUUUAA